UUAAGUGUAGAAAGCUUUUGGACGCCUGCUCCGUGAACACCCACUGCGGAGAGCUGUACUGCACCGCUUGUUACGCGGCCGUCUGCAAUCCUUGUUGCCAGCCGGAUCUGUGCCCCAUUCCCUGCGGACCGGAGCCCUGCUGCAAGAGGCCGAAGAAGAGGCGCUGCUGCAAAAAAUCUCGGUGCAGUCCUUGCAGAUCCUGCAGUCCACCGAGCUGCUGUCGUGCCGUCCUCUGCGAUCCUUGCUGCGAUCCCUGCUGCAGACCGUUACCCUGCAAGCCCUGUUGCGAUCCCUGCUGCGCCUGCUGCUGCAAAUGCCCGCCGGUCUGCUGCAAGCCGCCGACGGAGAACUACUCGCUGAGGCCGACGCCAAAGUUACUUGGAUCCUCUAAGAAGGACAAUCCUUGCUUGAACGACGCUGAACCUCCGACCGCAAUUUGGAGGUGCAACCAUUGCGGCGGCUGCAAGGAUUGCUGCUAG